GGUCGUAUCGUAGUGAGAGGAGCGCAUCCGAUAGAGUAGGUAUCAUCAUCAUCGUCAACUUCUGCGAUGAAGGAAGGCCACCAACAGUCGGACGAGUACUCGGCCGAGGAGGUCCAUGCCCUGAGCGCGGUAUUUUCGCUGUUUGACGAGAACGGGACUGGGCGCAUUUCCACGACCCAUCUGGAGAGCAUUCUGUCAAAACUGGGUCGAAAUCCAUCUGAAGCGGACGAGUUGCUCCGAAACGUCGACCUCCAGGACGAAACCAUCAGCUUUGACGAGUUUCUGUUGCUCAUUCGGAGUCAGCCGGACAUUGGUACCUACCUACCUACCCAUCCACAUGACAUACCCCCAAUCACAACCUCAACCACAAGCACCUUCUUGUCGUUUGAUAUACGCAUAUAUGCGUAGAUGGCCCGUACAAUCUCGGGCCAGACCCCAAGGUGAUGGAGUUUAUCAACAUCCUGGAAGAGUACCGCGCUAAGUGUGAAGAAGACGGCAACUACCUCGAAGCGCAGCGCGCCGACACGCAGCUCAUCGCCCUCCGUGCGCAAGAGGCCAAGCGACAGUCCAAGUCGCUCAAGGCCAAGCAGAUUGCCGAGCGCCAAGACAUUCAGAUCGCACACAACAUGCAGUACACCGACUUCAACACGGCGUGGGACCAAUACAUGGACGAGUACGAUAGCAUGGCGCAGGCGUAUAUCCGGCAGAUGACGGACAAGCACACGGCGGACCUGCGGUCGUUCCAGGAGAAGCUGCACAAGGAGCUCAUGGAGCGGCCGCCCAAGUUCUCUAAGGAGCUGAUCGAGUGGCGGCGCCGCCAACACCGCCUCGCGCAGCAGAAAAACUACGCCGAGGCGCAAAAGAUCAAGCUGAUCGCGGACGAGCUCGAGGCCGACGAGCGGUCAACCAUGAACGAGUCGCUGCAGGUGAUCUUCACGCGCAAGGAAACCAAGUUCAGGCAGCAGCAGCAGGCCGAAGUCCAAGCGCUGCUCAAGCGCAUCGACGGCCGAAGGAAGGAGCAUGUGAAGCAGCGCAAUUUGGACUCGAAGCGACUGCUGCAGCGCAACCGCAACGUCCAAGCCGUGCUCGAGUCCAAGCAGUCGGUGGAGACGACCAAGAAGCUCCAGGACAUCAAGGCCGGACUCAACCCCCGCGAACGCAUCAACAAGAACAACGUGAGUGUGAUCCCGCCCGAAGCGAGGGUUAUCAAGCCCAAAAAGCCAUCUGCACCUCGAGAGCCAUCGACCACGUUCAUCACGACCGACGAGAACGCAGUAGACGACGACGUCGCAUAAAUAUAGUGCUCUAGCACCACCUACUCUCUCGUCCAACCAUACUACCGGUACUAAUGUACUAUCAUCACCCACAUAUACUGUAUAUAAAACAUGUCAAAGAUAUCGUAC